GUCUACAGUCACUUAGUGACAAGACACUGCUUGUUACCAUGGUACUCAAAGGCUGUAUCCAAGAUAAUGAGAUAUUUAAAAGUUCCCACAAGGCCAUUGAGCUUGGCCCUGGCUGUACAUGUGCAGUGAAGGACAACAGCGUGGUGGUCAGGGAGGAGAAGGACAAGAAAAGUCAUGAAGUCACUAACAAUGGAGACACAGACAAAGAUUUCUGGAUGUUAAAAGAUCCUGGACCACGACCUCAUAUUGAAGCUCCAUCUCUCAUCAACUCACUUCCUGCCAACCAGGUUACCACGGUAACCAGAGUGACAGUUCCUUCAGCGGGUAACUGUGAGGAAGGGAGCAAACUGUGUGUGAUUCUGUAGCUUCAUGUACGUGUACUUUAGCUGGUGCCUAGCUGUACAUACCUCAAUGUCUUAAUUCAAGUGGAGAUC